ACACAAAUUUCAAAGCUUCGCCAUGCCACCAAUUCGUACAGGAUAUCGGGAAAAGUUGGUGGAACAAGAGGGCAAGAUCCUACUUGCUAUUUCCGAUUUAAAAAAUGGCAAAAUUCGAUCAAUUCGUCAAGCCGUACGCAUUUACAAUGUUCCUUACACAACUCUCCAUGACCGACUCAAUGGCAUUGAAUAUAAGAUUGAAAAACGCGCCAAUAGUCAUGUAUUGACUCAGAACGAAGAAGAAUCUCUUCUAAAAUGGAUCCUUGACCUCGAUAAGCGCGGAUUACCUCCCCGGCCAUCCCUCGUACAAGAUAUGGCAGAUCUUCUUCUUUCUCAAAAUGGAAAUAAACAUGUCAGUGAGAGAUGGGUUUAUCGAUUUGUUGAUCGACAUCCGGAAGUCAAACUACGAUUUUCACGAAGAUAUAACUACGAGCGAGCAAAAUGUGAGGAUAUUAAGAUAAUCCGAGAGCAUUUUAACCGCGUACAAGAGGUCAUCCAAGAAUAUGGGAUCUUAUCGGAAGAUAUAUAUAAUUUUGAUGAGACUGGCUUCGCUAUGGGUCUCUGUGCUUCUGCAAAAGUUAUUACAGGCAGCGAUCGAUAUGGAAGGCCUUAUUUAUUGCAACCUGGCAAUCGCGAGUGGGUUACAGCAAUUGAAGCAGUUAAUUCCACUGGAUGGGCUUUGCCCUCAUACGUUAUCUUCAAAGCAACAACCUAUUAUCAACAAGGCUGGUUUGAGACUCUUCCACAAGAUUGGAGACUUGAUAUUAGUAAAAAUGGCUGGACAACAGAUGAGAUUGGAAUACGGUGGCUUCAAAAGCACUUUAUUCCUCAUACGACAAGCCGUACGAAGGGGAGAUAUCGGAUGCUUAUUCUUGAUGGCCAUGGAAGCCAUUUGACACCUCAAUUUGAUCAAAUUUGCACUGAAAAUAACAUUAUACCAGUGUGUAUGCCACCUCAUUCCUCGCAUCUCUUACAGCCUCUAGAUGUGAGUUGUUUUGCAGUUCUAAAACGACAAUAUGGACGGCUUGUUGAGCAACGUGUACGGCUUGGGUUCAAUCAUAUUGAUAAAUAUGACUUUCUUACGGCUUUUCCAGAGGCUCGUGCAAUGGCAUAUAAAGCUGAAAAUGUUCAGAAUGGCUUCAAAGCUACUGGAUUAGUGCCAUAUAAUCCAGAUCAUGUUUAUGAAAAGCUUACAGUUCAACUUCGGACCCCGACACCCCCUCCUAGUCGAUCAAGUAAUUCACAAUCUUCUUGCCAGCAAACACCUCAAAAUCCACGUCAAUUCAACCGUCAGACGGCAACAAUAAAGAAGCGUAUUAAUGAUCGUACAAUAGGUCCAUUUGAGGUGGUUGAUCAAGCGAUAAACCGGCUGUCCAAAGCAUACGAAAUGAGCAGGAAUGAGCUUCUGAUUAUACAGAAAGAGGUGCAUGAUUUACGAGCCGCAAAUGAGAAGGAAAAGAAAAAACGUAAAAGGUCUAGAGCUCAGAUAUCUCAUGAAGGAUCUCUUACAGCGCAGGAAGCUCAGGAGCUAAUAGGCAGUCGGAAUGAGGCAUCUCAACCUAUCCCGACUGCACCAGUCGAAUCCGAACCCCAAACCUCUCAACCACGCCUACGAGCGCCACCGAAGUGCAGUGGAGCGCGUUUUCCGGAGAAAGUGAUCGGGUGGGUGUCAUGA